GUUGUGCUCAAGAUUUUUCGCCCGGCAAUCAAAGUUAUAAUCGAGUGCUUUCGCCUAGUAAUAAUCUAAGUUGCGAUCAAGUAUCUUCACCUGAUAAGCAAAUAGUUUACCUUUUGUAUAAUAAUUUCCAAAAUCCAAGGAGGCAAGCAAUAAUGAAUGACCUCAAUCCGGUCUUAGAAAACUUAAAACAAAAAACCGUCCAGGAGACUCCAAUCAAACUCAUUUAUUCUCAAAAUGACUUUGCCGUCUUUGAUAAAGGCUCUUCGGAAUUCUACGGAGCUGAGGAUGAAUUCAUUUCCGACCAACCCCUGGAAAAUAUUACCUGA